UUACAGGCAUUUUUAGGAGCACUACGUGAAGAAAUAACUCAUACGACUCAGCGUAGAUACGAAGACGAAAAUGGUUUGACGGAUGAGGAGUUCAGGGCAAUUUUUCCUAUUUCUAAGGAACACUUUAUUGAUCUUUUCUCUUACUGUGAUCCUGUUCCAGUACCGGAAGGAUAUCAUUAUACAAGCUGCAAGCCUUGCGAUAUGUACGGUUAGACAAUCUCUGAUGGGACGCUUUGUUGGUGAAAAUAUAGGUUUUAGAGCCAUCACAAGAGACGAUUACAUAGAAAGACAUGUAACAGCUUUCUCCAACCGUUUGUAUAACGGAACACCACAAAAUUCAAAAGUGAUCGUCUAUAAUGACUGUACUUAUUUAGACAUUGAGAAGAGUUCGUGUUUUAAAGUAUUGCGCCAAUUAUACUGCGUCCAUAAAAGCAAACAUUUGGUCAAACCUUCUAUGUUUGUGGCUCCAGACGGUUAUUUGUUAAAUAUUCAAGGACCCUACUUCUCAAAUGCAGCAAAUAAUGAUGCCAAGAUUCUCUUGAAUGAGUUUAUUUCAGAUUUUGAAGGAAUGCGAGAGUGGUUUCAACCACAAGACAUAUUUAUUCUUGAUUGUGGGUACCGAGAUGCUAUCCCAACCCUGCAGAGACUUGGCAUUGACCCGAGAAUGCCACUUCUUCUCGGGUCUAAUCAGAAUCAAUUUACAACUAAAGAGGCAAAUGAGGCACGUAUUGUGACGAAGACGAGAUGGAUAGUGGAAGCACGAAAUGGCCAUCUAAAAAAUAUAUUUAAGUUCUUUGCAAAUACCAUACACACAUCUCAUAUUCCGAAUUUGAAUGCUUUUCUCCGCAUUGCCGGAGCUAUUAUAAUUAAAUAUUACGGACCGAUUACAAUGCCGCACGCAAAUAUUGAUUUAGCUGAAAAAAUGUUAUAUCAAACUUGAGAAGCCAAUGUCGUGGA